CAAACUACACCUUCAACUAUCACUCGGUCCAUUCGACCACAUAAUCUAUUUCAUUUCCUUGCCUCUGCUUCUCGUUUGCAUUUGGCUGCUGUAAUCGUUCCUUCUGUCGCUCGCUCAGGUUCGGCAUCGACAUCAGCCGGUCUUCAUCAGUGGCGGUCCAACCGUCAGUCGACCGUCAGAAUUUUCCUUGGAGACUCCGAGGCAGCACAGACGAUCGGCUUGUCCCGCAUCGUUUUCGGUGAACCUAGCACGCUUCCCGAUUCUCUAGAAGAGGGAACUCGAAAACCAAAUUUCUUUAAUUCUGGGCGGCACAUCUCAUUUCAAUACGGCCUUGAACAAUCAGCGUCCGCAAGGCUUGGUGGAAUAUGCAUGGAGAAACGGAUGUGGGCGCCCUUCAAACCGCUCUGCGGGUGCUCAGUAUAGCCAAAACCGCGUACCCCGCCAUUCUCCUGGUCAUCUUUCUCGUGGGCUUUAUUGUGCACGGUAUCGUCACUGCACCAGAUGAUGGAGACAAGGUCAAGAUUCAUCCCAUGCGUGGGCCAGGUGGAAGGCCUCUGCCAGUUCGUCGCAAAUCCGCCAAUCAAGUCAAGGAAGCUGCGGCCGUUAGCAAUUUGCCUUCAGCGACCAAAACGUUCUUCAACGUCAUCCAAGCCGGUAUCGUUGUAACGUUUCUGGUCAACGCGGGUGUCCUGCUGUUUGAGACACUGUUCAACCGUGCUGACGAAUGGUGGCCUGGCAAGAAUGCUGUGAUAUAUGUCAUAGCAUCAACAUUCGUCUGGCUUCUGGUUUUCAUCUCCAUACUGGACGUCAAACCUUCACCAAAUGUCAUCCAUUUCAUUACUUGGAUUACUGCAGUGCCGCUAGAAGUGAUCAUCAUAGUCACAAGUUUGCGGAUCUACAGCGUACCUCAUUAUGAACCUCGGGUUGGUGACCUACUUGGUGGACGAUUCCGCGAAUCGAUAACAGCCUGGGAAGCUGUCGAAGUCAUUGCCUAUCUGAUCAGAUUUGUCCUGCUCCUCGGUGCAUGCAUCAUCUUUUUGAGUCUCAAGUAUCAGGCUCGAAAACCCAAAGACUCGGAUGCCCCAUCCCAGGGUGAAAGGACUCCUUUGCUUCAGGGAGAUGCGGAGGCAGGGCGUCAACCUAACGGGCAUGCCCAUGGCCAGGGGCCCACGUCGGAGCCUAAGGAGCAAGUCGAUGCCUGGGCGAAGCCAACAGAGGUUCCCAGCAUUACCUGGUAUGCUUAUCUGAGAGGGUUUGUGUUGCUGAUACCAUAUCUAUGGCCCAAAAAGUCCAUGAAAUUACAACUACUCGCAGGAAGUUGUUUUCUCAUCAUGGUCGCCCAGCGAGUCAUCAAUGUCUUCGUGCCUAUCCUGGUGGGCAGGAUUACAGACGCUUUAUCAGGCGAUGAUGGCAAAGGAGUCCGAGCACCUUGGGUCGACAUCGCCUUGUACAUCAUGUUUAGAUGGCUUCAAGGAUCUCAAGGCAUUCUAUCCGCAGCCAGGUCCAUACUCUGGAUCCCGGUCGAACAAUACUCAUACCGAGCCAUCUCAACAGCUGCAUUCGAGCAUGUGCAUGGCCUGAGCGCAGAAUUCCACACAGGGAAGAGAACAGGAGAACUAAUAUCGGCCCUGAACAAGGGCAGUGCCAUCAACUCUUUUCUGGAAAUGGUAACUUUCCAGGUCGGACCUAUGGUGUUUGAUCUGAUCGUGGCCGUGGUUUAUCUAUCGAUCAAAUUCGACGCUUACCUGGGUUUGGUGGUUGCGAUGACUACGUUCCUGUACAUCUACGUUACUAUACGGCUUGCGUCGUGGCGGGUUGCGCUGCGCCGAAACUAUGUUACCGCUGAACGUGAGAUGGAAGCUGUCAAGAACGACUCCCUACAUUCUUGGGAUACAGUGAAAUAUUUCAACGCGGAGGAAUACGAGUUCGGCCGCUACAGAUCGGCUAUCAAAAUGAUGCAAAAGUUCGAGUAUUGGGUGGAUGUAACCUUGGCAUACAUGAAUACUGUGCAAGGUGCAUUGUUCAUGAUUGCAUUGCUCAUUGCCAGUUUCAUCGAGGCCUUUGAGGUUGCUCAGGGUGAUCAGACCGUGGGGAAAUUCGUGCUUCUCAUAACCUAUAUGGCACAACUGCAGGGACCACUGAAUUUCUUUGGGACUUUCUAUAGGGUCAUCCAGUCGAAUCUGAUCAACGCAGAGAGGAUGCUGGAAUUGUUCAAGGAGCAGCCUCACGUCGUUGACCGAGAAGGUGCCGAGUCAUUGACAGACUGCGCCGGUGACAUUAUCUUUGACAAUGUUUCAUUCAGCUACGACAAGCGGAGGAACGCUCUUGACCGAUUGUCGUUCCGAUGUGCCCCUGGCACUACGACCGCACUUGUGGGAGAAUCUGGCGGAGGCAAGAGCACCGUGAUGAGGCUGAUAUUCCGAUACUACAACCCCGACUCUGGGGCAAUCAAGAUUGACGGCAAGGACGUACAGGACAUUACGAUCGACUCACUUCGAAGGUACAUUGGCGUGGUUCCUCAAGAUUGCAACAUGUUCAACGAAUCGAUCAUGUACAACCUCAAGUACGCGAAUCAGAAUGCCACAGACGAGGAUGUGUUUAAUGCUUGCAGAGCGGCUUCGAUUCAUGACCGAAUCCUGGAGUUCUCCGAUGGUUACAACACAAAAGUGGGAGAACGAGGUGUCCGCCUCUCUGGUGGAGAACGGCAGAGAGUGGCAAUCGCACGAACGAUAUUGAAGAACCCACGCAUCACUAUGCUGGAUGAAGCCACAGCUGCUCUGGAUACCGAAACAGAAGAAAAGAUUCAAGAAUCGUUCAACACUCUUGCGGAAGGACGGACCAUGGUUAUCAUUGCUCAUCGCCUCAGCACUAUCGUCGGCGCAGAUCAGAUUCUAGUGUUGUCGCAUGGCACGGUCGUUGAAAGCGGGACGCAUGACGACCUUAUUGCGCUUGGAGGCAAGUAUGCAAGCAUGUGGCGCAAGCAGUCCAGGGCGCAGAAGGCCGCUGCCGAGGCUGCGGAGCUUAGAACGCGGGCCAAGAAGGCUUUGGAAGAGGCCGAGGCCGACAGCGCCUCUGUUAGUGAGGAGGAGAUUGAGCACGCGAAGAAGAGAGACAAGGGAUUUACUAAAGGUCACAAAAGGGUCAAUUUCAGCGAGAGCAGUCACUUACGAUCAAGUUGGCAAACUGACGAUAACGAUGGGGGUAACAACUCUAGCGGUGGUCAUGGCCACUCUGGCAAACCACCCGGGCAUCCUUAAGCGUCGAACAGGAAGGCGGCUUUGUGGUCUUAUCCCGGGCUGGACAGCACUUGUGUUGGGGUCUUUUCGGGCUUUCUUCUCGGGGUUUGCUCCUUCUGGUACUUUUCGUUGCUAGGAAGCUGGUAAAAGUUUGACGAGUAUUGACGUUGGCGGCCACGAUGAACGACGAGAUUGAGCAUUCGGAUGACAAGGAAGGAUGUUGA